UAGACCAGGCACAGUGUGCAACAAUAACGAGUAACAAACAACAAACAACAAACAUACCCAGAAGAAGUAGAUUUUUACAAGAACGCCUGUCUCAAGAACGGUAAAGACAAAGCUAUUAUACUAGGUAUUGUUUCUGUUACAAGCUGCAGGAGUCGGUCGCCCCCGCAGCAUUUUUGCAAGGCAUUUGAAGUUAGCUUACGUGAGCUAGCAACAGAGCUCCGUGGCCAAACCGUAGCUAGUAGCUAACACUGUGCGUUAGCUGUCUAACCAAGGCUACAGAUUGUGUGAAGGUCCUUUACGAAUUUGCUUCUAUGCAGUAUUUGUGCCAUUUUGCAGCUCCAGCUUUGGAGCUCUCUGGACGAACAGCCACAUAAUUUUAUAUCGUUAAAUGAUUCAACUCUACUUUUAUAAUUUUACGUUUCAGAUGUUUUAAUAUCACAAUGAGAAUAUAUCACGUUAGCAGGGUAGUUGUUCAACGCGACCGAUUAUCGGUUUUGGUGCAUUUAGCUAUAGCAAGGGAAUCGAGGUACUUUUAGAUCAUUUUUUGUUUUUGUUUUAUAUAUAUGUAUUAAACAGCUUUAGCUAUCUAUUACGUUGUUUUUAAUCACCAAGGCAUUGGAAUUGCAGUGAAUGAGUGCAAAAGCAACAUGUUUUUGGUGAGCCACUGUUUAGCGAUUUAAAAAAAAAAAUAAAAUAAGAAAAAAACCACCGGUUGUCUGCCGUGACAAGGACCCGUCUUACAGAGUCAACAAUGACUGGACCAAACUCCGGCAGCACCUGCUCAACAGCAGCCAAGAUCAGUAGACACGGCCGUUCCAAAAGCACCAACAACUGCAACUCAAGUUCGGGUGCCGAAUCCGCCUCGUCCAGCAGCACCGCCAACAACGCCGGUCGUUCUUCUGGAGAAGAAGAAGAGAAAGAUGGAGGUGUACUGUUCUAUGUCAACAGGACUGGGUUUCCUAUUGAAAGUGUCACUUGGGAGAGAAUGUGGACUCAUGUGGCCAAAAUACAUCCAGACGGGAAGGAGAUGGUGGAUAAAAUACGGAACGCUGCGUACCUACCUAAACACCCCAUACCAUCGGUUCCUAACUUCAAGCCCUCCAUGUCUGUCCCUGAUUGGCUGCAAGCCAUCCAGAACUACAUGAAGAUGCUGCAAUACAAUCACACAGGAACUCAGUUCUUUGAAAUUAGGAAGACGAGACCUCUCAGUGGGUUAAUGGAGACAGCUAGAGAGAUGACCAGGGAAUCUCUCCCCAUAAAAUGCCUGGAAGCGGUUAUCCUCGGAAUUUACCUGACCAAUGGGCUGACCUCAGUGGAGCGCUUCCCCAUCAGCUUCAAGACUCAGUUCUCAGGGAACUACUUCCACCACGUGGUGCUGGGCGUCUACUGCAACGGCCGCUACGGGACGCUGGGGAUGAGCCGCCGGCCAGACCUCAUGGACAAGGCCCUGACCUUCCGCACACUCAGCGACCUGGUCUUCGACUUCGAGGACUCGUACCGCCGCUACCAGCAUACCAUCAAGAAGGUGAAGAUCGGCCUGUACGUGCCCCACGACCCCCAUGUCUUCCAGCCCAUCGAGUGGAAGUACCUGGUGCUCAGCGCCUGCCGGCUGGGCAGGGAAGACAUGCGCAAGGACCUGGAGAAGCACGCCCGAGACAUGAGGAUGAAGAUCCUGAAGUCAUCCAGUGCUCAGUCUCCCAUUAAAGAGCGGACGAGAGGCAAGUCUCUGUCCCCGCGUCGCCGGCAGAGCAGCCCCCAAAGACGACACUUGCACAGGAGAGACAAGUCGCCCGCGGUUCUGGACCGGAAGCCAGCAGAACUCAGCACUCUAAACGACGGAGGGUAUCAAAUCCGCAUCUGAGACUCCCCAGAGCUGGAGAGCCCUACCCUCUAUUCUCCUACGGUGCCUCUGUAUGCCCCUCGACCCCCCUGGUCAACUCCACACAUAUUUUAAAUAUAUUUAAUGGACAAUCUGUAUAUUUAUGUACAUACGUACACCGUUUGGGUUUGUUAUUUUCUGCAUAAGACUUAAGGUAACAAAUGGUGCGUAAAGGUAGAACAUCACUGGGAUGUUCUGAACAAUGUGGGAGAGUUUGUACAAAGACUCGUAUCAUGGCAAGCAGCAUUCCUGUUCCUGUCAUCCAUUUCAAACGUGCAUUGUGAUCCGAGGCUGUUACUUUCCCCCACAGCAGGGUUUGCUUAUUUGGGGGAGUGCUGUGGCCACGCUAUGAACACAGAGGAGAUUGCAAAACCCUGAAAUGGUGAACAUGCCUAGAGAAAAACACAUCCGUCCUUUCUAUGGACUGCAGCUUUCAGUGCGGAGGGAUGGUUUUUAAAGCCUUUGUGCAAUGACUUGUUGUUAUGAUGCAGUGUGUGCUACGUGCUUGAAUUAUAUAUCAAAACUAUGGUCAUUGUCAAUAUCAACCUGGAGGGUGUUGUUUAGAGGUGGGCAAGUACGUGCAACGCAUUGAUUUCUCCGCUGGCAGUAAUUUGUCUUAGUCCAGCAACAUUGAUCCUGACGUGGGGGUUGCAUCACCACUUGUUCAGAGUGGGAGUGAAUGUAAAGGUGGUGUGAGGAGGGAUAGCCGGGGCUGGCCCGAGUUGCUGAACUGAUGGCUCUGAUGGGAGAGCUGCACCUCUAGUAAAGAAUACAGAGCGAAGCAUCGGGAGACGGAGUAGGCCUGAAGACAAACUGCAGAGCCCCGGCAUGGUGUUCAGACUGGGGAUCCCGGUCACCUUCAUGUGUCAGCCUCGCUGAUGGAUUUUGCUCCACUCUGAAUACCUACAUAGAGACGGGGUAGAAGUUAAGGGGCACUGUGUGUGCACAUGUGCGUGUGUGUGCGCAGGCAUGUAUGUGUGUGUGUGCACACAUGUGUUUUAAUGGGUUUAACAUAAAACAAAAACAAAUAAGGGUUAUAGUGUCUUGAUGCCUUACAGAGCCAAUGAAAUAAUUAACCAUCGUCCGGUCAAGUAUUGGUCAUUUUGUUUGGGGUGAUUAUCACUGAGCACUUGGCUGGAGAUGAGUUACAGAAUAUUAUCUGUACCAUAACAGGACCUUUUGCUUAAAGUUUAAUCAUAUCAGAAUGUAUGGUUGUCCUACUCAGUAAAAUCAUAAUAUCGCAUUUGCUGAGUAGAAAUUGCAGAGAAUGUCUCCAUGGGUUAGUGUUUGAAGACAAAAGAAUGAACACUAAGCUCAACUUGCAAGGCAGAAGAACAACUCAUGAAUCAAAAGGCACAUAUCACAUAUAAAUCUUGUGUUGAAGAUGCCUUUAUAUGAAGUGCUACAUUGUUCAGCAUAUUGUGAACUUACUUUCUUUUUCUUUCCUCACACACAUGAAUCGAACUCACUGCAGUCUCUUCAUCAGCAGAUAAACAGUAUUCUCUUUGUAGCUUGGAAGUCUGGCUCGUAAAUAACCUAUGCAAGCCAAUACAAUUCCUCAAAGGCCCUCACUCUGAAAGGUCCUUUAGUGAACACUGUCUCUACCUGUCUCUAGCCACAAUCCUUGUCUUCCUUCAUAAAAAUUCAGUGUUGACAUCUGCACCUCUUCAAACAAAAAAAAAAAGAAAGAAAAUCAAAAAGUCGCAACGCAGUGCUAAUAAUUAAAAGGAAUGAGUAUGCACCCUAAUGGAAAUUAAUUAUGAGUCGACUGCAACAUAUGGUAAGAACACAAUUGCAGUGCUUGAAAAAGUCACACUUUUUUAUGUGAAUCGGAAGUGUCAAUAUUCUGAUGAGGAACGAAAACUGCGACUUGGAGCUGCAAAUGCCGUGAUUGGUACCAGCUUUCCAAGAGUUAUUUUAAGCACAGAAGAGCCAGCCAUUAAACAUAUGAUUAAUAAGCUAGAUCUUUUCCUUUUUAUCACUUGGUGCAAAGGAGAAGCACACAGAGAUUAACCUUUUGAAUUAAAGGCACUUUUGACAUCUGUCUGAUCAAAAAAGCUAUUCCACACAAUGGGUUAUGCUAAACUGACAACAGAAUACCGUAGGAAGAUAAAAGGCUGUUUUGAAUCACUUCACGGAAAGAUGGUACCUCCUCAGUGUUGCAGAGUGCAGAUGUAGAUUUUUCUUUUACUGUGAAGUGUUAUCUAAAUGAAUGAGGGUGGGUGAGCUCCAAGGUCAGACUACGUUUUUUUUCCCAAAGGUAGGACAUUUUCGUUACUGAGUGCAGUAUUAAUUGUUCCGUUUGAAUAGGUUUGCCAUAUUCAUAAAAAAAUGCCUUGAUGUAGAACUUUGGAGCACAGGUAGAGUUGUGCAAAAAGCACAGAAUGCUGAUGAAGCUGUAGCUGUGUCUCAUUACAGGGAUGCAGUUUAAUUUGUUCUGUAAAUUACCUUCACACUCGUUUUCAUCAUAUCAGCUGUGUUGAAAGUCAUUGUGUAUUUGCAACAUGUUUUUUAAAGGAGGCUAAUUAACUCAAAAUGGCACAAGGAAAUGAACAAUGAAACAACUGCAAUGUUAACUAUACCUGGCAAUGAAAGUGCGUAUUAUUUUGGGAGUUUGCAGUCUGUUCAUGGAUGUAGCAAUGUUGCAAGAUAAUGUUUUUUAAAGCAUGUCGUGGACCUCAAUAAUCUUGCUGGUUUUACAAUGCAAUGUGAUUUUUAUACCAAACCUGGAGUACAGUGCUUUUCCAAAGGGGUUUCCUUUGUACUUAAACCUCAAAAAUGGUAACGUGAGAUCUCAAAAAAAAAAGAAUAAAUAAAUCCAACAGUGCUGGGGGGGUCAGCCCCCUUUUGAUUAAGGAUAGAGAAGGUAAUUCUUCUUCUACCUGUCAUUCUGGAUUUUUUUUUGUUGUUUGUUUUUGCCAGAAGAGUGACAACACUUGUCACUGCUGCGUCUGAUACAGUAAGAAGGACUGAUGUAGCAUUUUGGCUGUAACUGGAAGAAACAGCCCUUUAAACUAGUGUCACUCAUUUGGAUCGAGUAAGACUGACUGGGGAAUGAACAGCUCCCACAGUAAGAAUGUUUUAUCAUUAGAGGGAGAAAAAAUCUAGAAAAGUAUGUAGCCACAGCCAAUAUGAACAGUGCCUGUUCAGUUCAUGUGUUAUUCAAAAGUGCAAACAUGGUUUUUACCAUCUAUGACGAAUUGAGCCAGACUAGACUUUUAAUGAAUCCGUCCCUGAUUUUCUAUAUUGUGACAGAUGAUUUUGUAAUAUGAUGGGAGACGUGUACUUGAGCUGAAACUCCUGCUGUUACAAUGAUCACGUUGACUUUGGUUUUUACCUAC